AUGGGCCGCAGACUUGGCCUUUUCAGGGCCAUUUACCUCGUUUGUAUCGCUUGCAUGGGUUCAUUUGCCUUUGCCUAUGAUACUGGGGUGAUCAGCGGCGUUCUUACCCUGACCUCGUUCGAGGAAGACUUCAGAUACACAAAGAAGCAAAAAACCAACGUCAAUUCCAAUGCAGUCUCAAUCCUCCAAGGCGGCGCUUUCUUUGGCUGCUUUUUCAUCUGGCCAAUCACCAACUGGAUCGGUCGACGCGGAGGUCUCAUGGUCAGUUCUAUCGUCUUUAUCAUCGGCACCAUUCUCCAGGUCGUCAAUUCACAUUCGAUUGGCGUGUUCUAUGGAGGGAGAGUGAUUGCUGGACUGGGAAUCGGAGCCGCGACGGUGCUGAUCCCGAUGUAUACCGCAGAAAUGGCACCCAAAGACAUCCGAGGCAGGCUGGGUGCAUGCUUCCAGCUCUUCUUUGCGACCGGAGUCAUGGUCUCGUACUGGGUGACCUAUGCGGUCGGUAUCGAUCAACCGAAAGUCACCAGGCAAUGGCAGAUCCCUCUGGGCCUCCAGUUUCUGCCCGUUGGCCUGCUGCUAAUCGGCAUGUGCACGGUGAAAGAAAGUGCACGUUGGCUUGCGCAGAAGGGCAAGAUAGAAAAGGCCAGGGAGUCAUUGAAAUGGGUCCGUGGAGGCCAAGAGACUGAAGAGCUGCAAGUGGAAUUUGACGAAAUCCUUGCCGGUCUCGAGGAAGAAGCCCGCGUCAAGGAGGGAUUCAGUCUGAAAGAGCUCCUUCUCCCGGCAAACAGAUAUCGUAUCUUCAUUGCAAUCACCAUCCAAUUAUGCGCUCAACUGACCGGAAACACAUCGCUGGCUUAUUAUGCUGCUCAGAUCUUCUCUACCGUGGGCGCAGGCAAUAACAACAUGUUCGUGACAGGCUUCUUCGGUGUCGUCAAGGUAGUCGGAGUGAUUGUCUUCCAGCUCUUCGUCCUUGACCGUGUCGGCCGUCGCGUUCCAUUCAUGGUGGGAGCAUUUUCCAUGGGCUCCUUCAUGCUUAUCAUGGCUCUCAUCGUAGCCACGCACCCGCCUAGUGCCACAGCAGCCCAGCAUGGAGCAUCGAAGGCCGGAAUUGCGGCGGUUAUCAUGACUUACGCAGAGGCGUUCAGCUACAACAUGUCCUGGGGCCCUCUGCCCUGGUUAUACCUGGGUGAAAUAUUCUCCAACCGAACUCGAGAAGUUGGUCUCGCCAUUGGCAGCGCGUCGCAAUGGCUAUUCAACUUUGUCAUGUCGCAGAUGACACCUCAUGCCAUUACCAACAUUGGAUGGAGGACAUUUUUAAUGUUUGCCAUUUUCAACUACGCAAUUAUAGUAUAUUCCUGGUUCUUCCUAAAAGAGACCUCCGGCUACUCCCUAGAAGAGAUGCAAGGUGUUUUCGCCGGCCACGACGAAGCUGAAGGCAAGGACGUGGAGAAGAAGGAUAUUGAAGCGGCCGAAAUAUCUGCAAAGGCCGAAUCGCGGGACCAAUAA